CCCCCUAUGGUGUCCGCCUUGGCCUUGGCUGGGAGUGUGGUAGUAGAGGUGUGCGAGGGAAUGGCGAAGCAAAUACGCGGCUUCAAAUCGUCUCAGGGGAAUGCAUAAACUUUUAUGUUUUGAUUAACAUCAAGACGGCUGUCUAUCGCUAUCUUCGGGCCUCUGCGUGUAGUCUGGAUGCCGAUGGAAGUAGAGGGGUUCAUAAGGAAACGUCGGAUGACAGCGGAGACGUCAGGCAAUGAAUCUGGGGUAGCUGGUGCCUCAGCCGGGGCAGAAGUUCGAUGGCUUGGGGGUAGAUUCUGGGGACUUUCGGAAAGUAUCAUGGGCACUUUGACACCCCGGGUCGGGGGCGAACUAGACCUACAGACUGUCCAUUAUUGCUGUGGGUCGCCAGAUCUGACAGAGGACUCCGAUGCGGACUACGAAGGGUUGCCACAGGGAGCUUCCACCAGCACCCACAUGUUGGCCGGAGCCGUAGCCGGGAUCAUGGAACACUGCCUCAUGUUUCCCAUCGACUGUGUCAAGACUCGCAUGCAGAGCCUGCAGCCGGACCCCGCCGCCCACUACAGAAAUGUGAUGGAUGCCCUGCGGCGAAUCAUAACCACAGAGGGAGUUUGGCGACCAAUGAGAGGGCUGAACGCCACAGCAGUCGGGGCGGGACCGGCCCACGCUCUCUAUUUCGCCUGCUACGAGAAACUUAAAAAGACUCUAAGUGAUCGCAUUCAUCCAGGGGCUAACAGUCAUUUGGCUAAUGGGGCGGCGGGAUGUGUGGCUACACUGCUUCACGAUGCGGCCAUGAACCCAGCGGAAGUGGUGAAGCAGCGGAUGCAGAUGUACAACUCGCCGUACCGCGGCGUGCUGGACUGCGUGCGCGCCGUGUGGCGGACGGAGGGCGGCGGUGCCUUCUACCGCAGCUACACCACGCAGCUCACCAUGAACGUGCCCUUCCAGGCGCUGCACUUCAUGACCUACGAGUACCUGCAGGAGCAGCUCAACCCGCACAGACAGUACAACCCCUCGUCCCACGUGGUGUCGGGCGCGCUGGCCGGGGCCAUCGCCGCCGCCGCCACCACGCCGCUGGACGUGUGCAAGACGCUGCUCAACACCCAGGAGUCGCUGGCACUGGGCUCGCUGGCGGCGGCGCCCGGCCCCGGCCAGAGCCCCGCCCCCCACAGACAGAUCACGGGGCUGGCCCACGCCUUCCGGACGGUGUACAGGCUGGGCGGCCUGCGGGGCUUCUUCAGGGGCUCGCAGGCCCGCGUCAUCUACCAGAUGCCCUCCACGGCCAUCAGCUGGUCGGUGUACGAGUUCUUCAAGUACGGCCUCACCAAGCGCCAGCACGGGCGCAGGCUGCAGCACCGCGAGGCCGAGAUGUAGACCUCCUCGCCCUCCUUCUCCUCCUCCCUCCUCCCUCCCCUCCUCCCCCCUCCUCCCUCCCCCCUCCUCCUCCUGUCUCCCCCCCCUCCUCCCUCCACCCCCCCCCCUCCCCCUCCACCCCCCCCCUUCCUCCACUGUAUGGGGCCACUGAGAAGGUGUGCAGUCAUCACUAUCACAAAGAGAAUAGAAAUGACCCCCCCCCCCCCACCUGGUCAGACAAAGCAGAUAUAUGAAAGACAGCUUGUGUACAUUUCCUUUGGCUCCUUCUGUUGCUGAGCCUCUGUUGGUGUGGUCAGGGUGGACUGGGGGGGGCUUGUAUCUGAGGAGAUGAUAUUUACAUGGUGUAGCACCACUCAGGUCUCUGACUGGCGCGGGGAGCUUCAUCGGUCUAUGAAUGUGAACCGUUGAGUUGGAGAGAUGGUCUACAGACGGCGGAGCAUUGUUAGGUUCGACUGAAGGUAUAACGCAAUUUUACACAAUAUUCACACUUUAAGUAUUACAUUAGAGACCAAAAAUCAAUGAAAUUAAAUGUGAUCUUUUUUGUAAGGAUCCCCAGGCCGCAAACGAUCCCACUGAACCUAAUGGGACACACUUGUGAUUUAAAUUAGCUUGUGUAGAACAGGUAUCUCUGAAGCUGUGAAUUUGGUGACCUCUGAAUAAAAAAAAAAAUCUGAAAUAUAUAAACUUGACCCAGUCCUGAUCCAAGAUACCGAUGUGGUCCACCAGGCAGAAACCGACUCUUAAUGGGUUCCAUCAGUCAUUAUUAUCAUCGGUUUAUUUUUCAUGAAGUCUGGUUUACGUAUAAAGCAUUGCAUUGAUACAUACGAUCAUCAAUCACCCUUAAAAUUGUACAACUUAAUAUUAAUGUUGCCAUCUCAAUUUGGCAGAAAAAAUUAUAGCAGAACAUGGGUUCGCAGUUUCAUCUCGAUAGCAAAAUGAGUGAAAUUGGGCAGAGCUGAUCUGAAGCUUUAUGGGCUGUAUGUCUGUAACCUGUAUGUUUUAGACCUCAAUUGUUUCAAUACCGUACCUACUCUUCAUGCUAACGUAGCCAUGUGUAGUGUGUCGACUGUCUGGAUUCUGUUUGAAUUGAAGCUCUCAUUCUUGAUGGUUGUCUGUUAGUGGCAACACUGGCACUGCACUCUCUCUGCUUAAUAAAGAGUUUAACGUUGGGCCUCAUCUUCAUGCA